UCCAGCCCCGUGUCCGAAUCACAACUAGGCGUCAAGAUGAGUGUUCGCGGAGCGGUGGGCCUGGUCAUGUUGGUCCUGACCUUGUUCUGCCUGUUCAUGAUGCUGUUCCUGGGCCACCUGGACCUAUCCCGACCCCGGAUCGCCCUGCUGAACGACGUCCUGGCGGGCAUACAACCCAGCCAGCGGGGAACGCAGAGAACUUUCCCGGUCCAGCAGACUGUAUCACAGGAAACAGUCUUACCGGACACACGUACGGUCUCAACAAGGCGGACGGUGUACCCGAAUGAGACCAUGGCAGACAUGGAGUCCGUGGCGCGGUCAAUAGAGUAUGAAGAAGAGCCUAUUAACAAGGAGGACCGACUGUUAGCGAUAAAGCAAAGGUGGGAGUACUAUGCUGGUAACGAUUACGGUGAGGAGGGGGGACAGUUCGGCAACCAAUCGGGGCUAAGCGGCGACCCGGCCCGUCGGCUAACUGUGGUGGUGUUUGCUCAGAUGCGUACGGGGUCCUCCUUCACCGGGCAGCUCUUAAACCAGAACCCCUCCUUCUGGUAUAUGUUCGAGCCGCUCUGGCACCUGAAUCACGCACAGAACUUUGUCUACAAACCGAUUCCAGUGGUGAACGGCCGGGCCACGGUCCGCCUCACUAACGUUGCAUACAGCAGGCCCCCUGAGUCCACGUACAGCAAGGUGCUCGGGGGCAUCCUACGAUGCGACUUCGGCCAGUUGAUGAAAUUCAUCGGAAGAAAGGAACUUUUCGGCGCCAGGGGUAGCAAGGCUCUGCUACGAUUCUGUGACGAAGUCUUGCACUAUCCGCCUAUUCGGUGCCCUUGGGUGCUGAAGCCUCAAACCUUACCCAAGGUGGUAAAUUACUGCAAAAGGACACCCAACAUGGCAGUGAAGACAAUCCGAAUUCAGGACAUGACUUCCCUAGAAUACUUACUGGGCGAUCCUACACUGGACUUAAAGAUAGUCCAUCUGGUAAGGGACCCACGAGCGGCAAUUACGUCAAGACUAUCUUUAAAGGGCCCACGCCAUAGACCGAAGCUUCCUUUCCCUCCUCAAAUUCUCAAUGAGAGAGACAUUAACAAACUUUGUGACUGGAUCAAGAAAAACACUGUGACAACGGACGUGCCCUCCCCAUGGCGAGGCCGGUACACCCUGGUCCGAUACGAGGACCUGGCAGAGCAUCCCGAACUGAUGACCAAAAAGCUGUACGACUUUCUGGGCGUGCCCCUGGACGACGCGGUGCUCAGCUGGGUAAGAGAGAACACAAAAGGAGACGGCAAACCGCACGACCAGUUCAGCACCAAGCACCACGACGCCAACGCUACGGCCAAGAUCUGGAGGUACAGGUUGAGUUUUCCUGCCGUGGCCAAAGUACAGGAGAUGUGCAGAGAUGCCAUGAAAAUUGUGGGGUAUAAAGAAGUGGACUCGUCGGAGGCAUUGAGAGACUUAGAGACAUCUUUAGUGGACAAAAUCCCCGAUAACGUCAUUGCGAUUCGACCAUGAUGAUAAAGUCACAUUUCCAAAACGAUGCCCAAUCGGGCUAUUUUUUUAAAACUUUCGGUGGGGUCUUUUAUGGCUGCCAUUCAAAAGUGAUAUUUCCUAAAUGCGAUUAUGUUAAUUGAUUGUGAUCAUGGUCAGAAGUCUGUUCCGUACAUAAAAGGUUCUGGGAAGACCGAUGCACCGUCUAUCAUAGGGGGAUAGGGAAUAUCUUUUUCCCAAACCAGUAAUGUUUCUCACCUGCUCAGUGACGUUUCGAUGACUGUCAGACACCUUUAUCAGAGUUAAUGACUGGUUGUGUAAAAGAAAAUUCAAAUAUUAUCCUGUGAUACCAACGUGAUGAAAUUAUUAAGGAAAUGGAGUAUUUUGCUACUGUAUUUGAUAUGAGGACUGCAGAUAUCCAAUUAUCUUAUACCAGACAACCUUUGCUACGUUAGGCCCCAUUCCCACAAAGCGGAGGUUUCCCGAUGAGUGACAAAUAAACUGUUGGUUAUUUAGGGAUCACUAGAAUACAUUCGAGAUGAUUAAGAGUUCACUGCUAGUUGAGGCAUCUGUCCAAUUUUAGAUGUAUAACGGCCUCCCAAUGGUUUGGUCUUUUUCGAAAAUAAUUUCAUCAGGUUGGUAGAAUAUGGGAUAUUUCAGAUUUCUUUUGCACAAUCAGAAUGGCUCUUAGUUACCUGCUGACGUUUUAAUGCCUGUUAGACAUCCUCCUCAGAGCUUUUUACUGGAGUUAUCAGUCUCCAGUGGAUUAAAAACGCAGUUUGGAUAAGAUAGUCAACCUCAGUGAUGAACACUGGCGAGGGGGGUACAAACUCAGCCACGUUUGUGAUUGUGUUCUCGCCGCAAAAUCGCCACUUACAUAUAGCGGCGAGAUGCAGAACUCC